GUUUAUUCCUCCUCCCUUUCUUUCCAGGUUGCCCAUAGAAAGUUGAUUCUCCAUCUUUGCUUCCUGUUUCUCUUUCUCAGUUUCUUCUUCGAUCCUAUUAUUUGACUAUUUGAGUAACAGCAAUGGCAGACAAGCCAAGCCGAGCCUUGAUUUUAUACGGUGACGGGUUGGCCCGUUUCAUUCACCCAUCACAUGCCCAUCUCCACUCUCUCGCAUCUACAGCCAACUGUGGUUUCUUGAGCCUCCCUAAUGCUCCUCCUUCAGAAAGCGAGGAUGAUAGGACAGUAAGAGAGUUUGCUGUGCUGGUGGAUGCCUUUGAGACAUUGAACAAGAACGGCCAAUUUUCUAGUGAGGUAAAGUCUCAAAAGUCAUCUUUGAUUCCAACCAUGUCUGAGAGGUUUAUGGGAAUGAAAGCUGCUAUAUUGAGUAACAAUUCUGGUUUGCAGUCUUUUGGAGAAAAACUUGGCUUCAAUGUAUUGAACUUGAAUGGACUGUUUGGAAAUAGUAAUACUCCCCCUGUUUCAUCGAUUGAUAAUUUGGCUUCUAAGUUGCUGUCCUUACUUGGAUUCCAAGAAGGGAAGAUAAAGGAAUCCAACCAGUUCGAUUUAGUGAUUUUGCAUGUUGGGUCUGGGGAGAACUUGAGUGCUAAUAGUGGCAAUGAUGUGGAAUUCUUGAAUGCUUUGCUUGGUGCUAUUAUGAGUAUAGCUAAGCCUGGAACUGAAAUUGGUUCUCGUCUACUCUUGUCCCUUGUAAUGAGCUAUGGGUCUGUGUCAAAGGCUGAUGAGCCGGGUUUGUCCAUUUUGAGCACUAAAUAUGAGAAGAAUCCUAAUCUUUCAGCACUUUUCCCUAAUCAGAGUUACACCAUGAGAGGAGAAAGUCAAAGAAAUGAUGUUAGGCAGUAUGGUCCAAUGUUAUUCGCUCAAUAUCAGUAUGCUGUAACCCGCAAUGAUAUGGUAGAGACUUUUUCUUUUGAAGAAUUUAAAGAGUGUUCAGGAAAUCUUACUAUACCGGCUGACCGGUUGCUGCAUGAGAUAGCAUUUAAGCUUUGGAAGGCACCCAAGUACGGUGCCUAAGAGGGACUUUUAUCUGUCUCCGCUUACAUGAUUUAAAGUUCCAACUUUUGAAUAUAAGCUUCAAAAUAAGAGAAAGGUGAUAUAGAUAAGGUUAUGGUGGAUCCUGUACUGUUGAAAUCCUUUUUACCAAGGUGGUGUUACUCUUCACCUUUAACUUAAGCUGACGAUAUUUGUCUUUGUAUAAGUGGGAUAUGAUGUUACACUUGCUCACUAUUGACCCAAGCCAGUUAAUAAUCACGUAUUGCAGAGUUGAUCUCAA